UCAUGAGCCAAAAAACCGCUCCGAGUGGUCAGUCAGUAAGUGAAGCUCUCCGUCAUGAUUCGGUCGGACGGCAUGCCGCAUCUCGCGAGCGUCGCCGUGACCUCCUCCAUGAAGGUCUCUGCCCCACACACACCCACAGCUGCUGUCGCUGUCAGUGGUCUCCUCAGACCCUCCGGUGGUGUCGUAGAUGUACUCGAUGGGCCGCAUGCACCUGCCCGCCCACAUGAGCAGCCCGCCCCUCUCCAUGACCCGCCUAAUGCAGCCCUCGUCGCCGCCCAUCUCGCCAGCAGACCCACAGCCGCCUCCCGGGCCUUGCAGGUACACGCCGCCCAGCCUCUCUGCCACUCGCUGCACCCGGCCCUUGUCAGCUCGCGUGAUGGCCAGCGCCACAACCAGCUUGAACGGCAGGCUGCCGCUGUCGUCUUGGUCUUGCUGGUCUGCGAGCAGCUCGAGCAGCUCCUGGAAGAACGGAAUGCUGGUGAUCGAUCGCGAGAAGUGCAGGUAGACAACAGUGCCCCUGUAAUUGCCAGCCGAGAGGAGGCCGCGCAAAGAGGCGAUGCAUGGCGUGGCGCCCACGCCGGCAGAGAGGAGCAUGACGGCUGGUGAGUGGUGCUGGGGGGCCGGGGGGACGAGGGAGGGGCGCAGCUCCGGGGGGUGGUUGGGGGAUGCCGGCCAUGCAGAGAACAGACUGAACUCUCUGUUUAUUUAAUGAAACCAACACGACAGACAGAUUGCGAGUGAAGUGAGUCCCUCCCUGUGUGUGGCCCAUCCACUCACUCCCUCACUCACCCAGCGAUUCCGUCCAUCUGGAGUGUGUGUCCCUCCUUGAGCAUGGGGUGCAUCUUGGGCGUGAUCAGCCCGCCCUCCUGCCGACGCACCGAUAUCUCCACCCACCGCUGCCCCGCCGACACGAUCACCGAACUGAUCGUCCACGUUCGCACCACCUGGCCGCCAUCACACCACACAACACAACACAACACAGCCCGCCACUGCAUCACUCCCUCCCUCCAGCCACGGCAGUCAGUCUCUCUCACCUUGUCUGUGAGCCCCCAGCCCAGGUUGAUGUCAGGGCCGAAUGAGAAGAUGGCGUACUGGCCAGGGAGGUGGGCCAGCGUGCCCUCGCCCUCCACUAGCAGCCGGAAGGUGCGGAUGUCGGGCGUCUCGGGGCGAACGCCCACAACCGUCGCCUUCUUCGGCCACUUGGACGCCGACCCCUCUCCGUCAACCUGACCCAUCUCUGUAGGUAGAAGGAUGAGAUGACAGAGGCACCACACACACACACACACACACAUUGGUACAGGUGCAGUCGGCUGUGCACCACACCCACGCACCCAUCUUUGCGAAUGAGUGCCACUUGCGCCACGGCCUUGUCAGUGACGGCAAAGUUGUACGGCGAGUAGUCGAGGAACGUCCACUUGAGGGGCAGCGGGGGCAGCAGGCGGCCCUCUUCGAGCGUGACUCUGACGGCCCUCUGUGCGCCCGGCAGGUGGGCGAUGGACGACGGCUCCGUGAUGAUCUCUGCACGGCCCGUCAGCUGCAGCAUGGCGCCACUCCUGACACACACACACACACACACACACACAGAGAGAGAGAGAGAGAUAUGGAUGGAUGACGCACGCACCGCGGGUACUGACCUGAAGUCCACAACGAGUAUUCCGGCCAUUGGGACAACGACCAAGUUGCCGAGCGUCUACGUAAACACACACACACACACACACACACACAUUGGAGCAGGCGCAAACAAAGAGCCCACACACAUGCCAAGCAAGGCAGCUACGUUGAAGUGAAAGUUGCCGGUAUAGUCGGGCCACUGGAAUGUCCGCUCAUCCAGCAUCUCAAUGAACCCGGGGCUUCCGCCUCGGUGCGACAUGUCAACGCCCACACGUGGGUCGGCCAUGUCUGCACCGCACCACAACGCCCCGCCCACAGACAGACAACACACAGUGAGAGAGAAUCCACAAUCUCUGUGUCUGCCGCCCGUGUGUGUGUUGCCGACCUGCUUGUGGAGUGACGUUAGUGCUGGCGAUCCAGAAGCAGUCGGCGAGUGUGAGCAUCUUGGUGUGCAGCGGGCUGAAGGUCGUGAAAGACUCCACAGACGCGCCGCUGCCGGCCGCUGCCGAAGCAUCGUACUGCACAAACAGCAAAAGGACACACAACAAAUCUACAGAUCUCCGGGCCUCGUGGUAUCUGUGCUCGUGUGACCGACCUGUCCGAGCCGGGCGGUGAUGUAUUUCGGGCAGUUGCCGAAGCUCACGUCGGCCUCCAUGCCCCAUCUCCCCUCACCCACACCCACGAUGGUCCCAUUCAGCCGAUUCCGGCGCCGCGUGUGGAGCUCCUGGCUCAGCACGCCCACCUUGCCUCCUUCUUUGACGCUCUCGGCGAAGACGUCCCCCUCGGCCACCGUUGACGUGAACUGCAGCUGUGUGGGCGAGCGGCCUUUGAUGAAGCCUGGCGGCCCUGCGAGCAUUGACGCCCAUGGGCGGCCUUUAGUGUCCUGUGUGCCGACGAGUAUGUAGGGGAGCUUCUCGUAGAGCUCGAUGUGCUGCGGAGGGAUGAAGCGACGGUUGACGAUGCGACCGAAGUCCUGAGGGGAGGGCACCCACACACACGCAAAGGACGAUGUCACUGGUGCGUGUGUUGUGCUGUGCCGCGCUGCGUUUGGCUUACUUGCAGCUUGUGGAACUCCUCAGCGGGCAUGAACUGUUGCUGCAGCUGACGCUCGGCGUCCUGCACAGAUAUGACGGACAGACAGACAGGCAGGCACAGUUGGUGCGUGUUAGGUGUAGUUUAUGUGUGUGCUGUGCCUGUCUGUGCGUGUGUACGUGGAACGGUGACGGCGUUGCGGGGUCUUUGUAGUCCCAUCUGUACGUCUGCACCAGCGCCAU